CUCGACUCAACUCCCCGUCUGUCUCCAUCAUGUCUCGCCGCCCCCGAAGAGGCCGUGUCAAGGUCCCCAGAUUCCGCGUCGACCUCGACGAUGCUCCCACCGACAGAUGGACCCACAUUGUGCGAGAGUAUAAGGAGGACUUUGUGGCCAUCCGCGCACAGCUGCAGGAAACAAUCCGCGAGGAGGCUGGACCACGGCUGGGUGCGUUCAUCGAGUCGGUGCUCUCGACUUUGAUGUCGACAGUGACCAAGAUGGGUGCUGUCUACUACGGUGCAGAGCUCAAGGGCAUCGCUCGGGAGACUGGCAUGCCGCUCGGCAUGCUCGCCGUCCUCCAGCUGGUAUACGAGGCAUCAGCCGCGUGCACAAGCAUUGUCGUUCCGUGCGGUGAGGGCCCGCCGGUCCACAUCCGUACCAUGGACUGGGAGAUGGACUUUCUUCGCCCGCUCACCAUCGAGGUCGAGUUCUGGCGCGAUGGUGUGCCACUGUAUGUCGCGCCGACCUGGGCCGGGGCUGUCGGCGUCCUCACCGCCUGCAAGACCGGUGCGUUUUCGGCCUCGGUCAACUUUCGCCUCACCGAAGACGGCUCGUACUGGGGCAAUGUCAAGCGCCUGCUGGCCCGCUCAUGGCCGAUCGGCUUCCUCCUCCGCGAGGUCUGUGAGUCUACGCAAGCCUACGCCGACGCCGCCGACAUCCUUGCCACUGCUUCGCUCGUCGCCCCGGUCUACUUUACGCUCUGUGGCAUCGCUCCGGGCGAGGGGUGCAUCAUCACACGCGGGCCAUCCGUCGAGGAGCGCCGAUGGGAGCUUGCCGCCGACGGACCGUGUGUCCAGACCAACGUCGAUUACUUUGACGUCGACGGCGAGUCGGACAUCAUGUGGUCGCGCGAGCGCCUUGCUCUCGGCCGCUCGCUGGUAGACUCGCUCUCGACCAGCCCCGAUCGCGAGGCCCUGUUUGGUCUUGUCUCGACGUGGCCCAUCUGCAACGAGCUCACCGUCUACGCCUCGUACUUGGAGCCGAUCACCGGCGUCGUCAAGACCUACCUCCCGAACACCCGCUCUGGCUUCCGCCACCGCUCCACCGCCGUCGCUGGGCCCGAUGCUCGCGUCCGCUGCCGUAAUUGCCGCACUCGCUUCACUGAGAGCCUCAACGCUUCUGGCCGCUGCGCCCACGUAGGUGACUGGCACGCCGCCUACAACGACUGCUCCAAGAUCAAGUGCGCCUGGGGCCUCAAGUCGUCCAUCGGCAAGCAGCAUUGGUCCUGCUGCUUCUCUACCUCGCGCCGCUCCCGCGGCUGUCCGCGCUCUGGCGCACACGUUCCCGGCUCUGACAGCGAUAGCGAGAGCGAUAGCGAUGACUCAUCACACUCACCUGCCUCAUCAUCGUCGAGCUCAUCAUCCGUCUCCGCUGUGUCGUCGGCGUCCUGAUUGAACGCCCCUUGCUCGGUCACA